GAAAACAGAAUGCAGACCUUUGCAAAUAUUUUUCUGGGAUUUUUUAUCUUUGUGUCUGUUGGAGCUGCCCCUAUCAGUGAUGCAAUAAUUUAUGAUUCUGAGUUCUAUGACAUACCACUUGGAGAGCUGCCUUAUCCAUUUGCCUAUGAUGAAAACAAGCAGUCUGACCAAGUAGAGACAAACAUUGGGACAAAACUACCUUCUGUAAUUCAAGAGAGUCAUUCCUCUGAGCCAUUGACAGAAGAAACUGAGGAUGAAGCAUCAACACCAAAAUUAAUUGAUGGGUCUUCAGCACAGGGGUCAGGGGUUCUUGGACCCCAGACUCAAGAUGGUCUUCCCACUUGCCUUUUGUGUACAUGUCUAGGGACCACAGUCUACUGUGAUGAUCGUGAGCUUCAUGCUGUUCCACCAUUGCCUAAGGAAACCACAUAUUUCUAUUCACGCUAUAACAGAAUCAAGAAGAUCAGCAGAAAUGACUUUGCUAACUUAAACCAUUUAAAGAGGAUUGAUUUGACUGCAAACGUCAUAUCAGAUAUCCACAAGGAUGCCUUCUGGAGAUUGCCUCAACUUCAGGAGUUGGUGCUCCGUGACAACAGGAUAAGGCAACUCCCUGAGUUACCAUCUACUUUAACAUUCAUUGAUGUUAGUAAGAACAGGCUUGGUCGCAGAGGGAUACCAAAUGAGGCAUUUAAAAAUCUAGAUGGACUACAGCAUCUUUAUAUCACUGACAAUAACCUGGAUCACAUUCCAUUGCCGCUCCCUGAAAGCCUCCAAGCUCUUCAUCUUCAGAACAACAACAUUCAAGAGAUGCAUGAAGAUACUUUCUGCAAAAUGAGAGAUUUUACUUAUGUGCGUAGGGCUCUUGAAGACAUCAGACUGGAUGGUAAUCCCAUCAACCUGAGCAAAACACCUUACGCAUACAUGUGUCUACCCCGUUUGCCAGUUGGUAACCUCAUCUAAGCAACAUUAACCGAGAUUAAUUUUUACAAACAUCAUUUAUUUGGGAAAUAUUUCUGUUAAUAUUGGAAUUGAUUACUGAGAUACUGAGAAGAUUAUGAAAUGCUAAAUGACAAAUCCAUUAUCUACCCAACUGCAAAUUAUUUAGUAAUACCAAGAAAAAUACUUUACUACAAAAGCAAUGCAAAUGCAAAAUUUUUGCUGAAUUGUUCAGAUCUAAUGUAUGAAUUCUAAAUUUAAAUAAUUUUUACAUAUUAAAGUCUAAAUAUUACAUGGUAAAUAAAGAAAUAAAAAUAAGAUUGUGUACAAAA